UCUGGACCGCUGCGGAGCGAGGUGCUGGCCUUUUCGGAGCCGCUCCGGAGCGGUCCGGGGCAGGACAAUGAACGGAACGCGCAACUGGUGUACUCUGGUGGACCUGCACCACGAGGGAGAGAGCGCGGCAGUUGGGAAGUCUUACACCAUGGUGUCUAGCAGAUCAGUUAGUCACUCCCUGGCAUCAGAGCUGAUAGAGUCCAAUGAUGGGCAUGAGGAAAUCAUCAAGGUUUACUUAAAGGGGAAAGCUGGUGACAAAGUCAUUCAUGAGAAGAAUGUCGAUCAGCUGAAAAGUGAGGUUCAGUACAUCCAAGAGGCUAGGAACUGUUUACAGAAGCUUCGGGAGGAUAUAAGCAGCAAGCUUGAGAGAGACUCAAGGGACUUUCCUCAGCGACAGGAGUUGCAGGUGCUGUUGGAAGAGCCAAAUGGCUUCAGGCCAUCUUCUACUUCCCUGUACAGGACCCCCUCUGAGACCCUGGUGCAAGAUUAUCAGAAUGAAGACCCCGAGAGCCUGAAGGAAACUGUCCAGAAUCUGCUUGCUAAACUGCGGGAGACGGAGAGACAGCAUGAAUCAGACAGAGCGCUUUUCGAGGCCACACUUAGCCGGUACCAGAGAGAAGCCGAGGUGAGCAGUUCCGCCCUUCAGAAAGCGGAGAGCAACUUGGAGCAGAGAGAUGCAGAAAUUCUGGAGCUUCAGAGGAGCAUGCUGGGGAUGGAGAAGGAACAACAGAAUUUACUGGAGAAGGUCAGGGAAGGGAAGACGGCCAUGGAGGAGCUUCGGACCCAGAGUGCUGACUGCCUUGCAGAACAGGAAAAGGCUGCUCGGCUAGAGAAGGAAGUGGCCAGCCUUCGGGAGAAGAUCCAUCACCUGGAUGACAUGCUGAAGAGCCAGCAGCGGAAAGUCAGGCAGAUGAUAGAACAGCUCCAGAAUUCUAAAACUGUGAUUCAGUCAAAGGACACAACGAUCCAGGAGCUCAAAGAAAAGGUUGCUUAUUUGGAAGCUGAGAAUUUAGAGAUGCAUGACCGAAUGGAACACCUGAUUGAAAAGCAGAUCAGCCCUGGCAAUUUCAGUACCCAGACCCGAACCAAGAGUGAUGGCCUGGGAAGCAUCAGGAUUUCCAGGCCUCCAAACCCUAAGCCCUUGCCUCUCAUCCGGGUGGUGGAAACCUGAGCUGCAAAACCGAAUAUUGCUGCUUGGUACCUUUAUUGGCCUAAAGAGAAAACCCACCUUCCCUGUUGUAUCACAGACUUUUACUUCUUGACUGCUCCUUGGCUGCCCUCAGGGCCUCAUGUUUGUAUGCCUAGUUCUUGAGCUCCUUUCUUCUGUGUGCUGGGCAGACAGAGGAGGGGACGGGCCUUCCUCUGGAGACCUGGAGACUUUUGAAGGAAGCUACCAUGACAGAAACCCUCCUUUGCUGAGGCUAGGACGAGGGUGGAGCCAGUGGUGACACCCACACCAUGAUUGUUGCUGAUCUUCAUUAGAGAGAUUUUUUUUUUCCUCUGAAAAUGGGUGUCGAGCUGUUCUGGAAACCGGGGUUACACAACAGGACUGGGACACAGGGUACCCUGGCCUUCCUCAGCCCUAACACACAGAGAAACAUAUCCACUCGGACUGGCCGUCAUCCUGAGGGACUGAACCUCUCUUCCCUCCAGUGUUGCUCAGCUCCUAGCAACACACCAUUUCCCCACUUCUCUGUCCCCAACAAACACUUAGUCCUUCUCCCAAGAUGGCAGGAUGCCUACCAGGCUUGGGGGCUAUCUGGCUUCAAUGUGGAUAUCUCUCACCCUUUCCUGGGGAGGAGGGUGAGACAGAAACAUCUUCCUUCAGAGAAUGGAUUUGUAGCAGGAAGGCAUCCCUAGGGACACUGACAGCUAUGCCCUAGUCCUUGCUGCUUUUGUCUUCUACCACAAUUCCCAGAAACCCUUGUAGUGUUUUUGUUUGUUUCUUUUCUUUUCUUUCUUUCUUUUUUUUCCCAUUUCAGCUCAGCCCAAGAACCCCCCCCC